UGCUGACCCGGAAGCGUUUCAGCGUUGCACAAUGCAGUAUUACAUGACCUAACGUGGGUUGCCGGAGAAGCGGGUUGUGUGAUGUCCAUUAGUCCGACAUGUCUCCAUCAGCAGGACGAGCUCUCAGUGGUUUCACCUCUAGGAUCCUUGGCAGAGGAAUGCGGAUUAAAAACGCGUCGGCUUCCGUAGGUUUGAGGUCGCUAUCGCUGACCUCCCCGGCGCCGGCCCGGUCCAAACCGUCGUCAGACGACGAAGCGGUUAGCAGCGAACCCAUCAAGUUCUCCACCAGCAAGGCCAGCCACCGGACCUGGAGGGUGGACCAGUCCCUGGGCAGCCAGCACGAGCGGCCCUGGUGGAAGGUGGUGCCCGUCAGCCUGGCCAUCACUGCCUUCCUGCUGUGGUGCGUCAUGAGGCCGGAGACGGACGUCGACACUCAGCUGGAGAAGCAGCUGUACGAACGUUUACCCGGCCUGACGUCGGACCAGGAGGAGGGCGGGAAGGAGUGAUGUUUAGCUCUGGGUGGAUAUUUAUUUGUUAAAAUUAUGUGGACUGAUUUAAAGUUUAAUGAACCCGUCCCUUUACUUUAUGAUGAAUGUUGGGUCAUGGAUCGUUUUAUUAACUUGAAUUAAAAUAAUUGUUUCUGUUAGAAAUGCAGCCUCUUUGCUUCAGCAUUCAGAUUAACGUUGGACAAUAUGACUGAAAAACGAAUAACGUUUCAUAUCAGUCAGUCUAGCCAAUUAUUGAUUAGUUUAGAUUUUAGAUAAAUGAAAUAUUUCCAAAGUGUUGUGUGACCUAAACUGUUUAACCC